AGAUGUUAUUGGAUGAGAUGAAGAAGACAACGAUUACGACAACUCCUGCUGUAACUCAGAAAAGUAUGAUAGAGGAACUAUUCGAGAUUCCUAUGACUCAUCAUUUAUUACCAAUCUGUCUUAUGGCUCUUGUCCUACUUGCUUUAUUAUUAGCAUGUCUUUAUGAUUGCAAAGUUAAUAGGGAUUGUUGCAGGAAACGUUCCGGAUCAGGACCACCAUGGGUUCCCAAAACCGGUAUAUAUUUAUAUGAUGGUGAAACGGGUGAGACGAGGGUAUCUGGUGGCGAAUAAAUGCAAUGAAUAAAAACCUUCCCCAGAACUUUCUCCCGCAUUAUUAUUGCAUUGUAACACCUGCUUUGAAUUGAAAACUCCCAAUAAUUUUACUUUUCCAUUUCUUCCAUUUAAUGUAUUGAUGUGCUGUAUUAAAGUGACCACC